AUGAGGGGCAUGAAAUUAUCCGAUAUUUAUGAUGAACAGGAAAAUGAAGAAAUUGAGGAGAUUGAAGUUAAAAAAGAAAGUAAUGUGGAAGAAGAUGACGCAGAAAUCGAGGAAAAUAAUGAAGAGGAGAAAAAAACGAAAAAAGUGCCUCCCAAGAAUAAAAAGAACAAAACAGCUGCUGAUACUUCCAUAACAUUUCGUUCAGCUAGAUUGCGUGAAAAGCAAACAGCCGUAGAGAAAAGUUCACCUGAAAAGAUAACUAGCACUCCAAAAAAUACUAAACAAAAGCCAAGCAAAACCGUACCCACCGUCUCUAAUAAUGUUAGUGUUUGUCAAUCAUUGGGAGAAAAUAAUUUUUCGAACGAAGUCGAAGAAAAUAUUAAAGAAGAUGAUCCACCUUAUAACUAUAUACCUCAAGCUAAAAAGGCAAAAAUCUCAGCAGCUGUAAAUCAUUCAGUAGAUAUUCCCCAAAAUAGCCAUCAAUCUUUAACAUUUACACAGGAAUCGGAAGCUGCCGAUCAGGCUUUCUUUGAUUCAAUUAAACCUGCUCUACGUAAAAUGAAUGAAACCCAAAAAUUGGAUUUUCAAAUCGAUAUUUUACAAAUAUUAAAAACAUUUCGCACCAACUAA